UCAUAUAAAAAGGAAGUUGGAGAUUAUUUCAAGACAUGAUUCAGAUUCUUUGCAGCAGUAGACGGACACACAUCCCUUGUUGCUGCUCCGCCUUUGAAGACUACAGUCGCUUUUGAUGAACUUGCCAGAAAAACGGUGAAAAGUGUUUUGCGGUUGUAGGUAACCAUCACGAUGGAAAUGCCUAAUACAACAGAAGAAUACCAGGAAUAUGAGUAUUACCCAGAGAAGAGCUCUGAUGGGUCUCAAUCUCUGAUGUGCAGCCCCAUCGACACCAACGAAUUCGCCAAAAACUUUCUUCCACCCUUCUACUACAUCAUCUUCAUCACCAGCAUAAUCGGCAACGGAGUCGUUGUCCUUGUCAUCUACAAGUUUGAAAAGCUGACCACAGUCACAAAUAUAUUUCUCCUCAACCUAGUGGCCUCCAACAUCAUUUUUACCCUUACGCUCCCGUUUCAGGCCGUUUACCAUUCCGACCAGUGGAUCUUUGGAGAAGCUCUUUGCAAGUUGGUGAACAGCGCCCACUAUUUCGGCUUCUACAGCUCAGUCCUCUUCCUCACCCUCAUGACAUUCGACCGCUACCUGGCCGUGGUUCAUUGUGUGGUCGCCAGCAAAAAACGCAGAAGCUGCUACGCCCUGGCAUUAUCUUCAGCGGUCUGGAGUAUUAGCCUUCUGGCGAGCCUCGAUUCCUUCAUCCACUUCACCGUUAAGGAGUAUCCAAAGUACGGACUGAUGUGUGAAGACUCGAGCGAUUUGAAGUGGAAGGUCUUCAGCUUCUACAAGCAAUUCGUGCUGUUCUUCAUCUUCCCAUUGACUGUAUUCGUCUACUGCUACUUCCGGAUAACGCUAACAGUCUUGGCCACACGGAUGGUAGGGAAACAUCGCACUGUAAGGCUCAUUUUCGUAAUAGUCCUGAUGUUUUUCGCUUUCUGGAGUCCGCAUAAUAUCAUACGCAUGAUAAAUGAGAAUCGAGACCCUCAACAGUGUGAUGACAGACUUUCGUAUGCCGAGUACGUCACUGGUAACGUCGCUCACUUGUAUUUCUGCAUCAACCCUGUUUUUUACACCUUUCUGGGAAGGAAGUUCCAGAAUCAUGUACGAGGAGUGCUGAUGAAUCAAGGUUUAUGUUUAACCAGCCAUAUGACUGUCAGCGGAAGCAGCAGAUCGUUAGCUUAAGACAGAAUGAUAAUGUAUAUGGUGAGUGAAAAUAGCUGCAUGUUGCUUUUAUUCUCCAAAGAAAAAGUGCAAUGAACUGUCAAAAGAGUUGAUGUUGAUUUCUGUAUAUGUAAUAAAUCACUGAUUUCAUUCAUA